AUGAAAACAAGUACGGUGGUGAAUGCCAAGCACUUCAAGCUCCUCGUGGUCGGUGGUGGAGCUGGUGGUCUCGGUGCCGCGAGUAAAUUCGCUCGAAAACUGCCACGUGGCAGUGUCGCCAUAGUAGAACCCCGUGAAGAUCACUACUAUCAACCCGGUUUCACUCUUGUCGGUGGUGGUCUGAUGACGUUGGAAGCGAAUCGAAGAAAACAGGAAACAUUGAUUCCGAAGGGGGCGACGUGGAUUCGAGAUAAAGUGCAAUUGUUCACACCGACACAGAAUUUGGUGAAGUUGAGAGGAGGAGAGGAGAUUAGUUAUGACUAUAUGGUUAUUGCGAUGGGGAUACAGUUGAGGUUUGAUAUGAUUAAAGGAGCCAAAGAAGCACUGGAAACUCCCGGCGUCUGUUCCAACUACUCACCAUUUUAUGUUCAGAAACACUACCGGGAAGCGAUGAAUUUCAAGGGUGGAAACGCAGUGUUCACUUUUCCGAAUACACCGAUAAAAUGUGCUGGAGCACCUCAGAAAGCGUGUUAUAUUACUGAUUCAAUCCUCCGGCAACGAGGAGUUCGAGAUAAGGCACAUCUGAUUUAUGCGACUAGUUUGAAGAGGCUAUUCGGAAUCGAAAGUUACCUGAAAUCUCUGGAAAAGGUGGCACGGGAAAAGGAUAUUGACGUGAGAACGAGAAGAAAUCUGAUUGAAGUGGAUUCAAAUAACAAAAUUGCAACAUUUGAAUGUUUGGAUGAAGAUUCGAAACCAACUGGGAAGACGGAGAAAGUUGAGUACUCACUCCUCCACAUCGGACCGCCGUGCUCCGCUCCAGAAGCUCUUCGAUCAUCUCAAUUUGCUGAUAAAACUGGUUUCAUGGAUGUCGAUGGGAGUUCUUUGCAGUCCAAACGCUUCCCAAACGUAUUCGGUGUCGGUGACUGUAUGAAUACUCCAAAUGCAAAAACAGCUGCAGCAGUUUCCUCUCAUCUCAAGACAAUCGAAUCGAAUCUGACACAAGUUAUGCAAGGGAAACAACCCUGCAUGGAAUACGAUGGAUAUGCUUCGUGUCCUCUGGUUGUCAGUACAAAUCGAGUGAUUCUGGCUGAAUUCAAUUCGAAGGGAGCAAUGGAAACGACGCCAUUCGAUCAGUCGAAACCGACAUACUGGGCGUAUCUGAUGAAAAGAUAUUUUAUGCCGAUGUUAUAUUGGAAUGGAUUGAUUAAAGGAUUCUGGAAUGGACCGGCAACGAUUAGAAAUUGUAGUCGGAUGAUUAGGUCAAAAUAA